GCUUGGAGAGGGGGCACCAUCUUGCUGUAGGCGCGGUGGGAAUCUUCACAACCUUCGUCGUUUCCUCCAGAUCCGUCGGCAUUUCCCAUGCGGAUGCAGCCCUUGGUCUUGAAAGCCUAGUCUGCAGGAACAAACUCGUCCUCGAGACAGCUCAGCGCCGCUAUCAUCUGUUCGCCAGGCAAAUGGGAAGAGGAAUCGCAGAGGCGGGUCGUUCGUGCGGCGGCGCCACAGCCGGCGCUGGAUGCGGUAUUAGGCCAUCGCAAAAACAGAAUUUGUGUGUGGCGGUCGCUAGCGGAAGACCGGAAGCACCAUUAGAAAACGACGAAGAGGCCGUCCUUGCGAUCGAUGUCGGGACAGGUGGCACGAAGGCGGCGAUUAUCACUCGCACUGGACGUGUCAAGAGGACUGGGUUUUGCGCACAUACCUCUACCAAAUCUGAGCCUGUUGGAGACUCGAAGACGGUGGAGCAGGAUCCGGAGGAGUGGUGGGACGCCACGUGUGCAGCCGUGAGGCAAUGCAUGAGUGUAGAGAAAGGCUCAUCUCAAUCUCAAUCGCGUCCUUCAUGGAAGAUCAUAGCUGUGGCAGUGACUGGGCAAAUGCAGGAUGUGGUAUUAUUGCCUAAGGAUCCUUCUCUGAGGACUCCCCCAUCAAUACUGUAUUCGGAUGGCAGAGCUUCUUUGGAACUUGAAGAGGUCUGCGUGCUCGGAGGAGGGGUGGAAAAAAUUGCAGCCUUGACUGGAACUAAGCAGGGUUCAUGGAGUUUUCUUGCCAAGCUCCGGUGGCUGGAUAGACAUGCUCCCACUGCAGUGCAUGAUUGCUCAAGGCUGCUGUUUGCCGGGCACGACUUCGUGGUCUGGCGGAUGUCCGGGAAAUGUGUGGCUGAUGCAACAACAGCAUCAACUACAGGUCUUUUUCUUGCAGAAUCCCCAGGAUCUGUUGCCUUUGAUCUGAUGAAGCAAGUUGGGCUAGACCAGUGGAUUAGUAAACUACCUGAUAUUGUCCCAGCUGAUGAACCAUGUGGUGAGGUAUUGAAACAGGUGGCGGAACAGUGGGGUAACCCUGAACUGGCGGGCCUUCCAGUGUUCCACAGCAUUGGUGAUGUCGGAGCAAGCACUAUAGGAUCAGGUGCUGGCGUUCCUGGACCACUGUAUAUUUGCAUUGGAACAGCAGGCUGGGUCGCAGGCUCCUUCCGACGACAGGGGCGAGGUCACAAAAGCAACAGCAGCAACAAUACAAUGCCUACGACUACAAUGCCUACCGGUACCAGGUCGUCCAAUUUGCAGGAACCAGUUGCAAAUGCAAGGGGUAUCACCGGGGAAGGGGACGCGGAAGAAAUGGAUGACAAGUUUGAAAAAGAAGUAAUGCCAGAGUCAAUACCAGGUGUUUUCACACUGGCCCAUGUGGACCCUGACCUGGUCCUCAAGCUUGGUGCCAUAAUGACAGGCGGAGGAAAUUUCAAAUGGGCCAUUUCUGCGAUAGGCCAUGAUAUUCCCGGUGGAAUGCCAGUAGCUGACGCUGAUGAAAUUGCUGCACAGUCACCUGCAGGGUCAAGGGGGGUGAUUUACCUUCCUUACUUGAACGGUGAACGUUGUCCUGUUGACGACGUUUACGCUCGUGGAGCGUUUCUUGGGCUCUCUCUCGUAGCUGACCGAUCUACAAUGUUGCGUGCAGUUAUGGAAGGAGUUGUGUUUGGACUGCGUGCUGCGAGGGAUGCACUGUUCGUCAUGGGUGAAGCAGAUGCUGACACAAAGCAGCCGCAAUGCAGCUUGGCCCCUCUUCGUGUUGUUGGAGGCGGAGCAAGAUCUCGAAUUUGGCCUAAAAUAAUUGCGGGAGUCUUUGACAGAAAAGUUGAAGUGCUUGCAGACCCGCAGGAAGUAACAAUCAAAGGUGCUGCAAUCUUGGCAGGGAAAUGGCUAGGUUGGCAUGACACCCUUGUACCUUCCGGCGAAUGGUUCGCAGUGGAGAAAUUUCACUCUGUUUCACCUGAGGAAGUUAAGUUGUAUGACAACAUUUAUAGCAUCUUCAGCAGCUGUUAUCCUGCCUUGAGGGGAAUAAUGGAGCGAAUGGCAAAACUCAGGUUAUAAAACUUCAAUUUGGUCUUUUUACAUCACACCCUCUUCUUCACUUUUCAAGGUUGUCAACCAUGGGCAUGUCACUGCAAACACGUAUGCAGGUCAUCGGUUCCUUCGCCUAUCAGACAGAUGUGUCCGACAUACUGGAAUGAGGUUUGUUCAUGGUUGGGCUCUUUGUGGCCAACCUGCUCGCCAAUCAAGCCCAUGCACUGGCAGAUCUCUCCGUUGAGCUAUCCUUUUUUCACGCGGUAUUUUGCACAACACCAGCCAGGUUCAGAAGGCAGUGAACAACUGCCUCCUUCGAAGGAGAAGAAAAGAACUGUGGACUGAACAGGCAACAUGGUGCAGAGUCUGCCAUGGUCAACAGAAAGAGGAUCUGCUUCCCUGCCAGCCCUAAGCGGAGUAAAAGAGAGGCAGGGUUAUAAGGUGCCUGCGAUAGAGGAGUCGUCUCCAAAUGGAGUAGAAGUAAGGCAGGCAUGCGGAGGAGCUGGCUUAAGGACAGGGUGUUUUGGAACUCACAGGCAGCAGCCUAUCUCUGAUUGCCUCACAAGCUUCUUCUUUAGCGUUGAGCGAAUGGACAAGGCAACUGUUUUUGAGGUGUGCGUUUUUCUGAGAGGGUAGCUUGGGGAAAAGAAAAAAAGCUCAGACAAGGAUGUGCAAUAAAAAACAUACAACAUG